AUGAGGUGGCAGCGCAGCUCUCAGUUUAGAGGGCUUUGGCCGGAGGCCGCCCCAUGGGCAGUCCUGCUGGCUCUAGGCGUGCCCGGGUGGGUACUGGCUGUCUCAGCCACCGUGGCCGCUGUGGUCCCGGAACAGCAUGCCUCCUCGGCUGCCCAGGCUCCCCUGGACUGGCUGCUCACAGACCGAGGCCCCUUCCACCGUGCCCAGGAGUAUGCUGAUUUCAUGGAGCGUUAUCGCCAAGGGUUCACCACCAGGUAUAGGAUCUACAGGGAGUUUGCUCGAUGGAAAGUGAACAACUUGGCCCUAGAAAGGAAAGACUUCUUCAGUUUGCCUCUGCCUCUCGCCCCAGAGUUUGUCCGAAACAUCCGCCUCCUCGGAAGGAGACCCAACCUGCAACAGGUUACUGAAAACCUCAUCAAAAAGUACGGCACUCAUUUCUUACUUUCUGCCACUCUUGGAGGAGAAGAAUCCCUGACCAUUUUUGUGGACAAGAGGAAACUGAGCAGAAAGGCAGAAACAUCAGGAGGUGCCCCUGUAGUUGGGGGCAGUGGGAACAGCUCUGCUGUGUCCCUGGAAACCCUGCACCAGCUGGCAGCUUCCUAUUUCAUUGACAGAGAGAGCACACUCCGCCGACUGCACCACAUCCAGAUAGCCACAGGGGCGAUUAAGGUCACAGAGACCAGGACUGGUCCACUGGGCUGCAGCAACUAUGACAAUCUGGACUCAGUCAGCUCUGUCCUGGUUCAGAGUCCAGAGAACAAAGUACAGUUACUGGGUCUGCAAGUGCUGCUUCCUGAACACCUGCGUGAGCGUUUUGUGGCUGCAGCACUUAGCUACAUCACAUGCAGCUCCGAGGGUGAGCUUGUAUGCAGGGAGAAUGACUGCUGGUGCAAGUGCGGUCCCACUUUCCCAGAAUGCAACUGUCCCGAUGCUGACAUCCAGGCCAUGGAAGACAGCUUGCUGCAGAUCCAAGACUCCUGGGCCACUUACAACAGGCAGUUUGAAGAGUCAGAAGAGUUCCAGGCCCUGCUGAAGCGGCUGCCCAGUGACCGAUUCCUGAACUCCACAGCCAUCUCCCAGUACUGGACCAUGGACACUAACGUCCAGCACCGCUACCAGCAGCUGGGAGCCAGCCUGAAAGUCCUGCUAAAGAAGAUGCAGCGGAUCGUCCGCCGCCUCUUCAAUCUCUGCAAGCGCUGCCACCGGCAGCCUCGCUUCCGCCUGCCCAAAGAGAGAUCCCUGUCUUUCUGGUGGAACCGAAUCCAAUCCCUUCUCUACUGUGGAGAAAGCACCCUCCCUGGGACCUUCCUGGAACAGAGCCACAGCUGCACCUGUCCCUAUGACCAAUCUUCCUGCCAGGGCCCCAUCCCAUGUGCCUUGGGCGAAGGGUCUGCAUGUGCCCACUGUGCUUCAGACAAUAGUACUCGCUGUGGGAGCUGUAACCCUGGUUAUGUGCUGGCCCAGGGAUUGUGCCGGCCAGAGGUAGCUGAGUCCCUGGAGAAUUUUCUGGGGCUGGAGACAGACCUGCAGGACUUGGAGCUGAAGUACCUGCUGCAGAAGCGAGACAGCCGCAUUGAGGUGCACUCUAUCUUCAUCAGCAACGACAUGCGUCUGGGCAGCUGGUUUGAUCCUUCCUGGAGGAAGCGGAUGCUGCUCACUCUGAAGAGCAACAAGUACAAGCCUGGGCUGGUGCAUGUGAUGUUGGCCUUGUCCUUGCAGAUCUGCCUCACUAAGAACAGCACCCUGGAGCCUGUCAUGGCCAUCUACGUCAACCCCUUCGGGGGCAGCCACUCUGAGAGCUGGUUCAUGCCUGUAAAUGAGGGCAAUUUUCCUGACUGGGAAAGGACUAACGUGGAUGCAGCUGCCCAGUGCCAAAACUGGACUAUCACUUUGGGGAACAGGUGGAAGACUUUUUUUGAGACAGUCCAUGUUUACUUAAGGAGCCGAAUCAAGUCCCUGGAUGACAGCUCCAAUGAGACAAUCUACUAUGAGCCCCUGGAGAUGACUGAUCCCUCCAAGAAUUUGGGCUACAUGAAAAUCAACACCUUGCAGGUCUUUGGCUACAGUCUGCCCUUUGAUCCGGAUGCUAUCCGAGACUUAAUUCUCCAGCUGGACUACCCAUAUACUCAAGGUUCCCAGGACUCGGCACUCCUACAACUCAUUGAGCUCAGAGACCGGGUGAACCAACUCUCUCCACCUGGCAAAGUCCGGCUUGACCUUUUCUCCUGCUUGCUCAGACAUAGGCUCAAGCUGGCCAACAAUGAGGUGGGCAGGAUCCAAUCUUCCCUGAGAGCCUUCAAUUCCAAGCUGCCAAAUCCUGUGGAGUAUGAGACAGGCAAACUCUGUAGCUAA